AUGCCCGUCACAAAGAAGAAGGGGGCCAUCUUUGCAAUCUACGCAGACUCCCCACCAAAGUCCGGAGCCUCCGCCGCCGCCUCGUCUUCUUCUUCUGCGGCAGCCAGCAGCAACCUCCUCCCCCUCCGCGCACCUUCCUCUCCCACCACCAAGCGGUCCACCGCGCACCGAACAGCACUCGGCUCGCUCCAGCCGUCCCGCACAGGUUUCCCCAGCGCCAAGGGCCCGUUGGCCGACAAGCCCCGCUCCCUGGGGGCCAAGGACGUUCCUGCUGGUGGUGCCGACGGCGGCAAGGCGUCGCUCGGUAGCAGCGGAACGACCAAAAAGCCCCUGUCAUCAAAGCCCGCACAGCAGCCGUCGGUGCGCACCAAGCUUGACCGCGAGAAUGCGCUCGGCACCAAGACUACCCUCGGACUCAAGAGCGGUGACCCCAAGCAGCGCCGCUCCACCAACGCCGCUCCCGCGUCCAAGCGCGCAUUUGAGAUCUUCUCCGACUCGAGCAACCCCCCAGCCAGUGCCAGCAGCACUCGAGCCAAGCCGAAGGCCACCUCAUCGUCGUUCACCAUCUUCACCGACCCCGUCAAGCCGGCGGCUGUCAAGCAACACACCACCCUCCGCGGCGCCGCCCCUGGCCCCUCGACAUUGUCGUCCACCGCCGGCCCAUCCACUCCGGGUCGCAAGCGCGAGCGCGCGCCUACGCCAACCGGUAUGGUUGACAAGGAGAACAGCGGUAUCCUCGACUCCCCCGCGUCCCGUACGAGGUCCAAGGUCCACAGCAGCAAGGCCGCGCCGACCCGCGCUCUCGCGCCCAAGACCGCUGUCCUCGACAAGAAGCCAUCAGCCAAGCGUACAGCUCUGCGCCGUGUCGACCCCGACAUGCCUCUCUCGGACGUGAGUGUGGCGUACGGCGCGACCAGGGAGGACGAGCCGGCCGGCUUCCGCGACGCGACCACGGACGACCAGGGCAACAAUGGGGCUCUCGAGGCCUUGUAG